AUGGAAUCCAAGAAGUCUAACAAGAUCAGUGAGAUAGUUAGGCUUCAGCAGAGACUCAAAAAGUGGAAAAUGCUUGCAAAUGCACCAAAGAACAGCAACAAGAGCAGUAGCAGCAACACCACAAACAGUAGCAGUGGCAGUAAAAGCAUCAAAUUUCUCAAGAGGACACUCUCUUUCUCUGAGAUCUCUUCGGUUUCCGGCGAUACUGUUCCUAAAGGAUUCCUUGCUGUCUGCGUUGGAAAGGAACUGAAGAGAUUCAUAAUCCCAACAGAGUAUCUGGGUCACAGAGCAUUUGGGGUCCUAUUGAGAGAAGCUGAAGAAGAAUUUGGAUUUCAAAAUGAAGGAGCACUGAGAAUUCCUUGUGAAGUAUCUGUGUUCGAGAAGAUUUUGAAGCUGGUGGAGCAGAAGAAGGAGGCGUUCUUCAUGCAUGAACUUGGGUUUAGUGGAGAGAAGGAGAUGAGUGGCUUUUGCUCAUCAGAAGCUGAGCUUACUCAGUCUCAUCAUCCUCCAAAGCCAAUGUGUAGAUGA